AUAUCGAUCCUUAUAAAUACCUAGCAUCAAUAAUUUCCCAAGACAGUUGCCCCUCUUUCUCCGAUCACUCUCUAUCUCUCAUAACACAAGGAAUUAAGCAAGCAGCCUAGAACAAGUAAAAUAGAAACAAAGGCAAUGGUUGAAGCAGCAGAGCAAUCCCAAAAGUACCCGACAAUGGCAGAGGUGGUGGAAGAACUUCACAGAAUGACACAUAUUGGCUUCCCAAUUGCGGCCAUAAAUUUAGCGGGUUACCUCAAAAACAUGGUCCUAGUUGUGUGCAUGGGAAGGCUUGGAAGUCUUGAGCUAGCAGGUGGGGCUUUAGCCAUUGGCUUCACCAACAUCACUGGCUACUCAGUCCUCUCUGGCUUGGCCAUGGGCAUGGAGCCUCUAUGCAGCCAAGCUUUUGGUUCACAAAACUUCUCCAUAGCUUUCCAUACUUUACAAAGAACUAUUCUCUUAUUGCUUCUCACUUCUCUUCUAAUUGCUUUGCUUUGGUCCAAUCUUGAACCUCUAUUGCUCCUUCUCCAUCAAAACCAAGAUAUAACAAGGAUUGCAAGCUUGUAUUGCCAAUUUGCCAUCCCCGAUCUUGUUACCAAUAGCUUUCUUCACCCCAUACGUAUUUUUUUACGUAGUCAAAGCACAACAUGGCCAUUGAUGUGGUCCACUUUACUAGCAAUCAUUCUACACAUUCCUCUCACAAUCUUCUUAACCUUCACUCUUACCCUUGGGGUCAAAGGAAUAGCAAUUUCCACUUCUCUUACCAAUUUCAUAACUCUAUUUUUUCUUGUGGGUUACAUGGUCUAUGACCAUAUCACGAGAAAGUCUUUUUAUUAUUUGGUUACGGACCGGUGUGAACCCACUACUAAGUAUGAUACAUCGCAAACAUUGUACCAACCCUUAUUACCUAAAAAAGUAGUACCACUUUCGUUGAGGAAAGUGCUAGGAGAUGACGAAUGGAGGAUGCUAAUUCGACUUGCUUUGCAAAGUUGCCUAGGAGUUUGCUUAGAAUGGUGGUGGUACGAGUUCAUGACAAUUCUAGCCGGUUACCUUCACAAACCUCACAUUGCCCUAGCCACAUCAGCCAUAGUGAUACAAACCACUUCUCUCAUGUACACAUUGCCAACGACACUAAGUGCAUCAGUGUCUACACGAGUAGGCAACGAGCUAGGGGCAGGCCAACCCAAAAAGGCACGUUUGGCGGCGGUGGUGGCGGUGGGGAUGGCACUAGUGAGCUCAUUGUUGGGCUUGUUAUUGACCACUCUGGGGAGAGAAGCAUGGGGGAGAAUUUUCACAGAUGAUAAUGAGGUUUUGGAGCUAACAAUGGGUGUGCUACCAAUUGUUGGACUAUGUGAGAUUGCAAAUUGUCCACAAACUACAAGUUGUGGGAUUUUGAGAGGAAGUGCUAGGCCAGGCAUUGGGGCAUGGAUUAACUUUUACUCAUUUUACAUGGUAGGUGCGCCUAUUGCAAUAGUCUUGACGUUUGUUUGGAGAUUAGGGUUCAAAGGGCUUUGUUAUGGGCUUCUAGCAGCUCAAGUUACUUGUGUGGUGUCUAUAUUAACAGUGGUCCAUAAGACAGAUUGGGAGAAAGAAUGGCUUAAGACGAAAGAGUUUGUAGGAAAGAAUAAUGAUGGAAUGGCUGCAUUUGCACAUGCAGAUGAAACAGUCAAAUGUGAAGAGGGUGUUGCAAAUUAGGAGAUUUGAAAUGUCCAAAGGAUUUCGUGGGAUGUUGGUGUUUCUAAAGAAGUAGAAUAUUUUGCAUGCUGAUUGAUCGAUAGAAGAACAAUCGCACAAAUAGUUCCCAUUAUUCCUUGUAAUUUACGAUUUGUAAUGUUUUUGCGUUUGCUGUCCAGCUAUUUCUAGGUGCUACUUGUUUUUA